AUGGGAGUACCCACCUUCUACCGAUGGCUGGUUACGAGGUACCCAAAAAUAGCCAAAGCCACCUACGAAACCAGAGACAGCGAUGUAUACGCAAGGAGAACGAAGAUUCAGGAUGGACACCGUGAUGGGGAAGGGAAGGCCACCUAUAGAGUACCAGACCUGAGCGACUAUGUAAACAACACAGAUGAAACGCACUGCUCAGAUAACAUAAAUGGCUACUUCGAUAAUUUGUAUCUUGACAUGAACGGAAUAAUCCACCUCUGCUCCCACAGUGACAAUAGCAAGAGGGCCAAAAGUAAUGAAGAAAUAUUUUUAAAUAUUUUUCUAUACAUAGAACGUUUAUUCGAUAUAAUUGAACCAAAGAAACUUCUCUACAUGGCUAUUGAUGGAGUAGCUCCAAAGGCUAAAAUGAACCAACAGAGGAGUCGAAGGUUUAAGUCUAUUCUCUGUUCAGAAAUUGAAAGAAAAGCAUACAUAGAAUUGAGGGAAAAAUUUUUGUCAGAAAAUCGGGAAGUUCCAGAGGAGUUCACCUUCUGGGACAGUAACAUUAUAACACCGGGGACUCAGUUCAUGUAUGAAUUGUCAGUUGCUUUGAAAUAUUUCGUGGAGCAUAAAAUUACAAAUGAUGAAAAGUGGAAAAACAUUGUGGUCAUUUUUUCAGAUGCUAAUGUUUGUGGAGAAGGGGAACAUAAAAUUUAUAAUUUUAUAAAAUCGCAGAGAGGUCAACCUGGCUACGAUCCGAACACCAGACAUGUAAUCCACGGGAUGGAUGCAGACUUAAUCAUGUUAUCGCUAGCUAGCCAUGAACCCUAUUUUUAUAUUCUAAGAGAAAUAAUUAUCCUAGAUUCUAAAGGGGAGGAAAAGGUUCAAAAUAAGGACUUCGUGGGGAUGCUGAAGAGUAAGCAGGAUUUACCUCUCUGUACCACCCAUAUGAGGAAAACGAAAAAAAUGUAUAGCAAAUAUAACGACCCACAUUAUGCUAACAUAAACAGAAGUCACAACUGCCAGAUCAAUGAUGAAAAUUGGAACGAAUUGCAAAUUUUAGACUUAACCAUUCUGAGGGAGUAUCUAUCGAAGGACUUCUUCUUCGAUUCUACCUACAACUUGGAAAGGUGCAUUGACGAUUUUAUUUUUAUCUGCUUUCUCUGUGGAAAUGACUUCCUUCCGCAUUUGCCUUCCAUUUCGAUUGCCUCGGGGAGCAUAGACCAGCUAGUCCUACUAUACCAGAAGGUGCUGCCCGUACUGGGGGACUACCUAAUUAAUGAGGGCAAGAUUAAUUUGAAGCCCUUUUCCAAAUAUGUGUCCUUCAUCGCGGAGGUCGAAAGGGAAACGUUCAUUUCGCAGUACGAUUUUAAGAAAAAGAGGGAAAAGAGGGACCAGCAGAAGGACUCCCUAAAGAGGGUUAAGUGCACCGAUGAGCAAAAUGACGGUUCGGGCAACAUCGCUGCGAUGCUGACGGGUGGUCCAACAAACAAUCGCGAUUGUGAUGGUGCCGGAGGGGAAGCCGUUAAUUCAAAUAGAGGAAGUGUACAGUUUAAGGAUGCCACGGUAAUGGGCACCGAAACGGGGACAGCAUCGGCAAGUUCACUAGCCGCCUCCACAACAUCGCCCCCCGCACCCGUGAAUAAGAAAAUGCUCUACGAGUCCAAAAUACAGAGCAUGCAGCCGAUUAGGAAUUUCAAGUUUAAGGAAAAGAAAGGUGAGAAGAGCAUCAACUUCCUCGUCCGCCCAGCGUCGUCUUCCAUUUCGGAGCAGGCACCCAACAACGAACCGUCGACUUUGCAGAAUGUGGUUGAGGAGGAAGCCCCUGCAUCGUCGGAGGAGGUACAAAUUGAGGAUCAGCCCAAUGGGCAAGCAGAACCAUGCAAAGAACAACCCAAUGGGGAGGUAGAAAAAUGCAAAGAGCAAACCAAUGGGGAGGAAGCACAAUCUAAGGAACAACCCAACGGGGAGGUACCCCAACCGGAGGACCCUCCCCCCAAAGGAGACCUUCAGUUCGACAUAGAAGACGAGGAAACCAAACGGAUGAACGAUAUUAACGAAUUUAACAUGCUCCUUAAGGAGGCCGUCAAAAAGGCAAGUCAGUGUGAAAACCCCAAAGAGGACGUAGAACUUGGGGGGGAUGAAAACCCAGAGUUGAUUAGAAUAAAGUACUACAAGUCCAAGUUCCAUUUGGAUGAAACCGACUAUGUAGACGACUUCGUCAAAGAAGUGGUAUACAAGUAUAUUGAAGGAUUAGCCUGGGUGCUUUCCUACUAUUUUCAAUCCUGUCCCAUGUGGCAUUGGUAUUAUCCCUAUUAUUAUGCACCCCUGUCAUCAGACCUAAUUAUAGAUAAUGUGAAUUUUACCUUCCAAAAGGACGAACCGAUUCUUCCCCUAGAGCAACUACUUUGUGUGUUGCCAUCGAAUUCUAGUCACUGCCUACCCAAGGGGUAUCGAGAAUUAAUGGUUCGACAUGAUUCCCCCAUUAUUGAUUUUUACCCGAAAACGUUUAAGGAGGAAGAGAAUGGGAAGAAGUACAAAUACCAGUGGGUUAUUCUCCUCCCUUUUGUAGACAAGGAGAGGAUUAUCAAACAUGCUAGAGAGCUAAAUGAUACCUUAACUGAGGAGGAGAGGAAGAGGAAUCGAAGAGGGAUGAACAAAAUUUAUAUGAACUGUUCACACCCUCUUUCGAAGCAAAUUACCAAGUCGAUAAAGGCAUACGUGAAGAAAAUGAAGGAGGAGGGGGAAAAGAAGAACGAUGCUGAUGUGAGUAGCACAGGGAAUGAGAAUGCUAAUCCUCCCGCUGGAAAUACCACCGAGGGGGAGUCCCUUUCCCUGACCGAUGGACCAACCAACGUGGAAGAAGCAGGCGAUUACAACAGCGAAAACACAUACGACCAAUUUUUUAAAAACAUGAAUUUAACCAUCCCGAUAAGUAACAACCGAGACAUGAACCUGUUUGGCUUUCUCAAUUGCAAACACGAAGACAGUGACGUUAACAUUUUAAAGAAAAUUUUUAAAUUUUCGUCCAAUUUUUCCACCACGUGUAAUAGCGCUUUCUUUGUCCAACCCGAACUUAUAAAGCACCGUUCAUCUCUUUUGCCAAACCAUAAGAGACCAAGGAAGGUGCUCACCGUGGUUGACAUCAACAACGAGGAGAGAAAACUCAGGUUCAACGCACCCGCAGCGAAGAGGAUGAUCCUGAACAGCCUAAGUACUAACCAUCCGCAUAUUUAUUCCUACGCGAGGGGUAAUCAGCCCAGAAGUCAUGUCAUAAAUUAUGGCAGCGGUGGUGGUUAUGGAGGGGGUGGAUACGGAGGAGGCGGUUACGGAAACGGUGGUUACGGAAACGGAGGCUAUGGAAGUGGUAACUACGGAGGAGGUGGUUAUGGGGGCCACGCUGGCCGGGACCAUAGAAACAACUACGCCAAUGGGAAUUACAACUCGCAUAUGAGUGCCCCCAAGAACCACGCGUCCUACCACCACGGCCCAAAUUAUCAAAACCACCAAAAUCAUCAAGCCUAUCAAAAUCAAAACCCGCAUUACGGCAACAAUUACCCGCCACCAACCUACAAAAAUGCGGUCAUGCAGAAGGUCCCAAGAAGUGCAGCCGCGGCGCACACUUACGACAGCAAGAAGGAGAGCAGCUAUAACAACGCCUACGACAGUAGCUAUGCAUCCCAUAGAAACCAAUCCAGCAGGGAUAAUCCAAACUAUGACGCACCCUACAACACUUCCCAAAGUGCGAGGUACAAGAACGACAACCGCGGUGGGCACGGGAGUCACGGAGGGCACACCACCCAUGGCAGUUACAAACACCACACUGGGUAUGGAAACUAUGGCAACCAUAACAGCAACCAUAACAGCAGCCAUAACAGCAGCCAUAACAACGAAGUCAACCAGCACAAACGAGACACCUUCAAAAGCGGUGCACAAAAUGGCGCGCCAGGGAUUAACAAGAAGGCCAACUACAACGGCAGAUCUGUUCCGUACAAGGAUAGGGAAUAUUGA